UUAAAAGCUGUGAAACUCACAUCCUUUUAUUUUCUUCAUAUUUGGAGAUCGAUCGACUCAUCUCUUCAAGCGGACGGAUGGCGCUGUUGAUGGCUGCGGGCUCUGAGCCCCUCACAGAUAGAGAAAGGGAUGACUUGGAUGCCAUUGCUUCCCUGAAAGAGUCUGCCGCCAUCGAACUAAAGGAGCUGGGCAACAAGCAUGUGAAAAUGGGGAAGAGGUAUUACUCGGAUGCUAUCGAUUGCUACAGCAGGGCUAUCCUUCAGAAUUCCUUGAGCGAUUCAGAUCAAUCGGUCCUCUUUUCGAAUCGCGCCCAUGUGAAUUUGAUGUUAGGGAACUACAGACGAGCUAUUGCUGAUGCUGAAGAGGCAAUCAGACUCUGCUCAACCAAUGUUAAGGCGUACUAUCGUGGUGCAAAGGCAGCCUUCUCAUUAGAAUUGUUAAUGGAAGCUGAAUCCUUCUGUAAGAGGGGUCUAGAACAAUUUCCCACCAACGAGGAGAUGAAGCAAUUGUCUAAACGAAUUGAUUCACGAAAAAAAGAGCUUGAGCAUCACACAAGUCAAAUUUUAAAGGUUGUGGAGUCUGCCGAGGAACUAGCCUCUGCUUUCAAAACUAGAGGAUUGAAGCUUGGUAAGGCUUUGUAUGAAGAACUUACUGGAUUGCAAAAACCAAAGUUAGAUAAAAGCGGCAACCUACACUGGCCAGUUCUUCUUCUUUAUCCGGAAGUUAUGUCAAGCGAUUUCAUUGAAGAAUUCUGCGAGUCUGAUAUGUUUUCAGCUCACCUUGAUAUGAUGUAUUCAGAUGGUUCUUCUACACUACCAUGGGACAAGGAGAAUGCCUACACCCGUGAAGCUAUUGAAUUGUUCUAUCAGGCUAAUACGGGAGUUGUUCUUUCAAAGACAAAGGUGCUUCAGUACCUUCUACUGGGGACUGGCACUUCACUUGCAGAAUGUGGCUAUAAUGACGAUGAGGAUGAAGUUGAUCAUACCAAAAUUCCAAGUUCAUUAAAUUCUGGUGAAUGGAGAAAGGUUAAUGAGAAGAAAAAGCUUACUGAUAUUCUGCAGCAGUCAGAUUACAUAAUCCCUGCAAUCCCAGUUUUCGUUGUUGUUUCAAGACGAUCGGGCUUCUAUAAGGAGUUCAGAGCAGGCAACUGGUCUCAGCCUUAAUCGCCAUCUCUGUUUUCCCUUUAAUGGAGAUUAAGAAGUAUUAUUAAGGCAUUAUUAAGGGCAUGUAUGUUUGCGGGUAUGAUGCUUUAGAAUUGAAUUGUGAUUUAAAAGUUUCAUACUUUACAUACUGAUAAGUCAUUAAUUUACACUUUCAAUUUGCACUUGUA